AUGUGCCGGAUGCAGCCAGAUGAAAAUUUAGCCAGGUUACAGAAAUGUCUGGUAGGGGGUGCUAGGGAAAAGGUACAAAGCCUUCUCACGUUACCAUCUGCGAUACCGGAAAUCAUAAAUACACUUCGUGACGAGUGUGGCCGUCCCGAACAACUGGUACAUUGCUUACUAGCAAAAGUUCGAAAUACACCACUUCCGGACGUUCGAAAGCUGGAAACACUAGUGGCAUUCGGAAGAGAGGUGAGAAAUCUCGUAACCUAUAUCGAGGCAUCUAAUCUUCAUGCACACCUGUCGAAUCCAUUGCUUUUGGCUGAAUUGAUAAAUAGGCUUCCUACAAAUCUACGGUUAGAUUGGGGACUAUAUAGUCAGCGAAUUCCCGAAAUUACACUCAAAGCAUUUAGCGAUUUCGCCAUGAUUAUUAAGACGGCAGCAUGCCAAGUAAAUAUUCCGACAGAUUAUAAUCUACCCGAGCAUAGCUCUCGACACGCCCCAAGGAAGGAGAAAGGCGGUUUCGUCAACGCUCAUUUCGUGGAAGACCAAUGUAAAACAUCGCAAAGCCCGGAGCGGACCAACGGCAUUUUGAAUGACGAUCCAAACACAGUACUUCAUACGAAGCAGAACUCGGAUCCAAAGCCAUGCCACGUGUGCCAACGCAAGGAUCACAAGAUUCGGGAUUGCAAAAAUUUUCUAGAUUUAACCAUAUACGAACGCGUCAAAUAUGUAAAAGAGCAUAAUUUGUGCGGGCGGUGCCUGACCGGUCACGGAAAAUGGCCAUGCAGAACAAAACAACCUUGUGGAGUAGACGAGUGCAAAGAAAUGCAUCAUAGGUUGCUUCACCUGAAACCCGAAAACACGAGAGGCGCAAUAAUAUCUACACACAGCCAGCAACAAACUUCAUCUCUGUUCAAGAUUGUUCCAGUAACGCUGCGAAACAAGGAUAAGUCAGUCGACACCUUUGCAUUCUUUGACGAUGGGUCAGACUUAAUGUUGUUGGACAAUGGACUCGCUGACGAGCUUGGCCUCGUUGGUAUCGAAAGCCCACUUUGUCUUCAGUGGACGAGUAAUAUAACUCGAAAUGAACCAUGUUCUAAGCGAGUGCAACUUAUGAUUGGCGGAUCAGAUGGGAAAGCAGACUAUUGCCUUAAGAAUGUUAGAACGGUUGAAAACUUAAGUCUGCCUAAACAAAAUCUUAAUUACGAGAACCUUGCAAAUCAAUUCCCGUUUCUUCGUGGUCUACCUGUAAAGAGCUACUCAGAAGCAAUACCAGGUAUCUUGAUAGGGGUGGAUAAUGCGUGGUUGAAGCUGCCAUUAAAGAAACGCGACCGAAGGGAGACUGAACCAGUAGCCAUUAAAACACGCCUGGGAUGGACAAUUUUCGGAGGCCAGCGUAAAUCAAUAGGACCAGAGCGAUGCACGGUCCACAUAUGUAAUUACUCUCGCGAUCAUGGGCCUAGGCAUCUUAUAAAAGAUGAACCAACUAUCGAGUACCAGAAACCGGGAUACGUUCAUAAAGUAACUGUUAGUGAACUGCGAAAGUCGCAGCUACCGAGAUCUUCGAAACGUUGUAUUCUAUCUUUACCAACUUGCGCCAAGAGACGUAAGUGGGUUUCUGAAAUCCUGAAUAAUGAAGACGACCUCGACGUAGUGGCGGACGAAUCUGCGCAAAAGAAGUGGCUACGGGGAAAUGUGAUCAAGGCAUAUAAGGCUUCAGAUAACCAAGAGCGCGAAGUGGACAUACAGACGAGGAGUUCUGCAACGACUGGUGACAUACGUGGCUGUCCUUGA